AAAAUGCGAAAAUUGGAACGAUUUUUCGACUGGUAUGGGCAAUUUGUGGCAAGGAAACCGUUCUUUUUUAUUCUAAUACCCUCAUUACUCACAAUUCUCUCGACAUAUGGAUUUCUAUCAUUUCACACUCAAGACGACAUUUGGGACAUUUAUGCACCGACAAAUGGUCUAUCAAGAGUAGAAGAAGCCGGAAUUAAGAGGUUCGAGUAUGCAUCGGGAUCUCAUCAUCAUCGAAUGCAAAUAUUGGUGUCCAAGAAGAAUCGGGGCAACAUUUUGACCAAUGAAGCACUCGGUGAAGUUUCGCAGGCUCAUAAGUUUGUCGCUGACAACAUCACUGCCUUCGACGGAACCCGCCACAUCGCCUACAAAAACUUGUGUGGAGUAUACUGUAACGACAGUAACGCAGCAGUUCUCGCAUUCCUCCAAGCCACUCUCAAUGACACUUCAAGAAGCUCUUUCAAGUUGACAUUCCCAAAUGCUGAAGCUCUUCAGAAGAAAAUAUUCGUCGGUUAUUCCCUUGGAGAUUUAAAGAUUGAAAAGGGUUAUGUGACAGAGGCCAAGAUGGUUGUACUGCAUUAUAUGGUGGAUACAUCGAUUCCGAAUGGGAGAGCUCUUGCCACUGACUUUGAGAAUAAAGUUCGGGCAUUCUUCGCGUCGAUUUCCGACCUAUCACAUCAUAUCAAGUACUCAGUGCUUUCACGGACAAGGGAACUGGAGGAGCAAAGAGCCAUCACAAUUACCUCUCUACCCUUCCUUGGCCUAACAAUCGUUGUGCUCACGUGUUUCAUGUUGGUGACUCUUGUUCGAUUCCCAUUAUACACCAGUCAGCAUUGGCAGAGUAUUGUUGGAGUCUUAUCCCCCGGAAUGGCUCUAUGGACAACUACCGGUUUGCUAUGGGGUAUUGGGUACCCAUUCAGUAACAUUCUAACAGUUGUGCCAUUUUUGGUGGUAACUAUUGGAAUUGAUGAUGCAUUUUUGAUUUUGGCCGGAUGGAGACAGUCCACAAAAGGAGAAUCACUUGAAGUGCGACUAGGCCAGUCUGUAGCAAUUUCUGGAGCCUCCGUGACAGUCACUUCAGUUACAGAUGUGGCCUGCUUUGCCACUGGCUUGUUCUCCAACAUGCCAGUUGUACAGCUCUUCUGUCUAUACACAACAGUUGCUCUAGCCAUUGAUUUUAUAUAUCAGAUGACCUUUUUCACGGCUUUAGUUGGCAUUUUUGUGAGGAAACAAGUGGAUAUUGAGAAGGAAUUGGUGAAGAAUGAGCCAAAAAUCGAGAAAACUAAGGAAGAAGAAGGCGCUUCAUCUUCGUCGUUGGCCUCACUUCUCACAUUUGUGCCGACGAUUUCUCAGGAGGCUCAUACCAGAAGUAUUCUAGAGGUUUUCAUCGAUUUCUUGCAUACUCCAGUGGCAAAACUUGCGGUGGUUUUGGCAUUUAUUGGGCAUAUUUUGAUCUGCCUUGCCCUCGUCUCUCAUGUCAACACAAAUUUUGACAUGGAAAACCUGUAUCUGGAAGACUCUCCGCUCACCGACAUCUCCCGUCGCAUGCAGAAUUUCGUGUUGGGCGAGGCGUUUGUCGUAAACUUUGGGGUUUAUCCGAUGCCAGAUUUUGAUGAUGAGCAAAUUCGGUUGAAGUUUGAGGAGAUGGUAAAGAGCCUGGAGACAAUGCCAAAAUAUGGAGCAGGCAAGGAGAACACGAAUUUGUGGAUAAGAGAAUAUUCUAAUGCAGUCGCCUUCUGGGGUGAAACUGAAGACUUCUGGCACAAAGAGGAUAUGGUUAACAACUAUAGGGAAUAUGGAAUGGACGAGAAAUAUGUCACUAUGACAAAUGACACGAAUGGCGAUGAAAUUAUCGAUGGAUUCUUCUUCACAAUUACCUAUCGCAAUUUCACCAAUUUCCUGGAAGUCGAGUCGUUUUUGGAGGACCGUCGGGAUAUUUUGAAGAAUUAUUCGACCUAUUUCAAAGUAUUUUCACAUCAUCCAUUUGAAAAAGUUCCCACGGAAAGUGCAGCUUCAGCCCCAUUCAACUUUAUAUCCACGUCAGUAUCCGCCGUCGUACUAAUGUCCCUUCUAGUGUUGGUAUUUAUCAUGAAUUUCGAGGCAAUUAUUUCUGUAGCAGUGUCAAUUGUAUCAAUAUGUCUCGGAAUAGUUGUGUACCUCCAUUUAUGGAAUGUGAAUCUCGAUGCAGUUUCACUGAUAUCUAUGCUAAUGUCAAUUGGAUUUUCCGUGGACUAUUCGGCUCAUGUUUGCUAUCACUACUUUGCUCAUGUGCAUGAGGAUGAGCAACUCUGGAGAUCACAUAACUACGCCGAGACUCGUGACCGUCUUCUAAGCACCUUCCGCGGAGUCGCCUGGCCAGUAAUGCAGUCCGGGCUCUCCACGAUUCUUGGCAUGUUCCCAUUGAUGUUUGUACGUGCGUAUGUUGUAGCAGUAUUCUGGAAGACUGUGAUCCUGGUCGGUAUACUUGGAAUGCUUCAUGCUCUCAUUCUGUUGCCAGUAAUAUUCAUUUUAACGCAUGACAUUAAGCUCUUAUUCCGACGGAAACGUGCAGUUGCUCCUACUCCGCAUUCGAUGGAAUUGGCUUCAUAGAGCGUUUUGUUGUAGUUUGUAUGUUUUUUUGAAAACCCAGGGUAUUUUCUUUUCCAUUGAUUGUAUUAUCAUCUAAUACGGGUUGUUCACAUCUCCAUUGAUUGUUUGAUAACAUGUUUGAAAUAAAAUUUUCGUACUCAAU